AUCCCCUGUCAACAAAUCCUGCAUCAGAGCUGCUGGGUAGGAACCUUUGCCCUGGCCUCUUACUCAAAUACUCAACAGGCUGGUUUGGACGAGGUCACUGGGGACAGCUGUAGAGAUAAUGGUGAAGACAACUCGGACGGAGUCAUUGUAGAGAACCAUGUGGAUGGAACCACGGGAGUGAUGAGUGGAGGUGGGGGGAGAAAGCCUGUGAAGACUGGGAAGGAGCUCGCUGUAAUACGAGAGAAAGUGAACGAACAGCAGAGGCAGAUGGGCAAGGUCAACAAAGCCCAUCACAAUCACGAAGAGUCGAAGAAACUACGGCCCUCACCCUUAAGGACCCCCUGCCAGCAGGAAUUGGAUCAGGUCUUGGAGCGCAUAUCCACCAUGCGUCUUCCAGACGAACGAGGCCCGCUGGAACAUCUUUACUCCCUGCAUAUCCCCAACUGCGACAAGCACGGCAACUACAAUCUCAAACAGUGCAAGAUGUCCGUGAACGGUCAGCGAGGAGAGUGCUGGUGUGUGAACCCCAACAAUGGGAAGGUGAUUCAGGGGGCACCCACCAUCCGGGGCGACCCUGAGUGCCACCUCUUCUACACAGCGCACGAGCAGGAGGAUCGAGGAGCACAUGCCCUGCGUGGGCAGUAGAUGGACGUGUUCCUGCUCACUGGAGACAGCUCGGCCUGGCCUCACUGCUGGAUUUUAUAUGGGUUUCCACAUCUCUAUUUAUCUCCUGAGAGAGACUGGCUGGGUGCAUAGCAGGUGGCUCGUGAUCCCUCACCCUUAGCCCCCUCGAGGAGGGCUGUGGGGGAGGGGGAGGGAGAUGGGGCUGCUUUCUUUUAGCCUUUCACCUAAUGCAAGCCAGAGAAAAACAGCUUCUGCUUUGCCAGCUCGGCCCCCGCCAGCUACCACCAGGCUCCCCUACAACUCCCGAGCUCCCCUCUGCACGAGGGAGGACACUGGCGGUGCCCGAGAAGGCCCAGCGUCCCCGGUGACCACAAAGCACCAAACCCCCUUGUCCUUUCCCCUCUCCCUCCCCCUGCGUCUCCAAAGAGCUGAGACGAUAACACUCUGGAUGAAAAUUGCUGCCCCCAAAGACCAAAGAAUGUAAAUAUGACAUCACCUGCUGCUCAGGCCCCGUCAUCCUGUCCCUGCCGUCAAGCUGCUGUGUGCGUUUGGUCGUUUUGUGGGGGAGGAGGCAGUCCUGCCUUGCCGCUCAUCUCGCCCUUCCCUUGGGAGGCCUUAGAGGGUGGUGGAUUGGAGACUGAUCAAGCCCAUCACUCAGGACCAGGCCCUGAAUUACAGCCUCAGAGCUAAGGGCCCUGGCCCUUGAUCUGCCAAGCCAUCUCCAUUCUCCUGGGCCAGGCCUUUGCUGCUGACGUUCUAGUGAAAGGCCUGGUCCUGUUGAGCAUCUGUGCUGUCAUCGUAGGUGCUCCACGUUUCUGGGCUUAGGCCUUGCAUGUGUAAUGGAAGGAAGAGGCUUGCGAGGGCAGGGGGGUGGGUGACGAUCCAGAGGGCCUUUCUCCCACCUCACCAAAACCCAUCUAAAACCCACACUCCCAAGCAGCUGUCACCAUCCCCCGGAAACCUUGCACACAUUUUGUAAGCCAAGCACCAGAUCCCUAGUGCUCCACAAAGUCCUGAACACGCACCCACAUGUACAUGUGCGAAUGUGCGCACACACACACGUGCCUCGUUAAAUCAGAGCCAACCCAGGAGCUGUUGGUGUUGUUGCACGGGAAGAUCGGCUCCCCAGCCGCCAUUCCUCCACACAUUGAUCAGGUCCCAGCAGCAUCAAGCAGAAGCUGAGAAUCAAGCACACGAGCAACAAGACUGUUGUUUUUAUAUCAGUAUCAUUUCCCAAGCAAUCCCUAGGGCCUGCAGAGCAAUCCUUGGAGUUUUCUUAAUGUAUUCAAAGAGGAAAGCAAAAUCUCCCUCUUCCUACCCGUGGCCAAGGAACAAGGGCAGCCAGUAAAGCCCUGGAGAAGCAGCCUCUGAGCAGGAUGUAUGGCAGAGGAAAAGGACGGUGUAGAAGGACAGACAAGCCUGUGGCCUGCCUGAAAAGCAGAGCCAGCAGCUUGAUUAAUGCCUCGGAAGAUCUUUCAUCUUCUCCCCAGGGAAACAUGCAGCGGUGCUGUGACUCGGUAGCCCGAGCAGUAAAAGCAACGGUGGGUCUGAGUCCUUUGGGGAAGCUGCAGCAUCUCUUACAGGGUCGUGCACUGGCUGCCAAAUCGAAAGAGCAGGGUUUGAGCUGGACCAGGAUGGGCACAUCACUGCCACUGCAGCAAAAGGCAGGCACGGGACCCCAGCUCCACCUUCACAGCAUCACAUGCUGCCAUGCUUAGACAGUCUGCUUGUUCCUUGCAGUACAGCAGCUGGAUGAACCCAGGCCGGAGGAGCCCAUGAGCGAUCCUGGGGAAGUGACAAGACCUGGCUUUUAACCAUUUUUUCCCCCUUCUGCAUCCUUUUUCUGUCCAGUUAAAGGACUUUCACUUGGCCUCAUUUGGCGUUAAUGGGAAUCACUAGUACUUGUGUGUCCUCUGUUGGAACAUGUCACCUGCACUCAAACACAUGCACACACGCUCACCGAGCACAUGUGCACACACACAAAGAUAGUCUUAGUUAACAAUACCAAUGGCAGACUCUCCUGAGAAAAUGUCAGUGCAGAAGGGCAAAGGAAGCAUCAAGGGAAAAGAAGAUCUCCAAGAUUGGGGGUUUCAUUUUCUUUUAAUACGAAUAGAAAAAAUGCAGUAUUUUUUCUGUUUUGGGAGAAGGAUCCAGGUUUCAGAUUGCAGCAGCAAGUGACCCACACCAAAUCCCCAGCAUGGGGGCCGCGCUCUGAAAUCCAGCCCCAGCCUGCGGAGUGGUGAGACUAAAUGAAUCCAGCUGAAAAGGGAGUGGGGAGUCGCUUUGGUUUUGGAGGUUUUACUUUGUGUGCACAAGCUAGGCAUUGUAAAAAUUGGUGCUACCUGUUUUCUGUUAACACCCACGGGGAUUUGUUUCUGCUUUCCAUGUAAACCUUGCGAGCAUCAGCUCUCCUCUGCAGUUUGUACUUCUCAUUUUGUUUAGAAAUCAGGAUGCUUUUUUUCCCCUCUCUUUCUGUCUUGGAAAAGCUGAACUGUGUAACGUUGGAAUAAAUUAAAGAUGCCAAAAAAAA